AUGGCUGCGUCUGAAGGAGCAACGCCUCGCGAUGACCCUUUCCCGUGGGGACUGGGCAUUUAUGACGCACAUUGCCAUCCCACGGAUACUAUGAGCCUCGUCCCGUCAAUUCCCAGCAUGAAGGCACGCGUCCUGACAGUCAUGGCUACCAGGGGUGAAGAUCAGGAGCUUGUAGCUCAAGUAGCCGAAAGCUAUGGCUUAGAGAAUUCUCCCGAUAUGAGCGAACAACCUGAUCACCGACGUGUAAUUCCAUGUUUCGGGUGGCAUCCGUGGUUCUCUCAUCAGCUAUAUGAUGAUACAGAGAACCCCGUUCCAGAUUCUGAUUCGGACGAAUUUAAGGUUCGUCAUUACCAAUCUGUCUUGACCCCUAAGCCGGAUGAUGCUGCUUUCCUGGGGUCUCUCCCUCAGCCACGCUCUCUUUCAGAGUUUCUCUAUCAGACUAGGAAAUAUUUGGAGAAAUACCCCCUAGCUCUUGUUGGUGAGAUUGGUCUGGAUAAAUCAUUCCGUAUUCCCAGACAAUGGUCGGCUGGAUUGGAAGAAUCAAGGGAUGGGACACUCACUCCAGGAGGUAGAGAAGGCAGGGUACUCAGUCCUUAUCGGGUCCAAAUGGAUCACCAGAAAGCAAUCCUGAAGGCCCAGCUGAAACUUGCGGGAGAGAUGAAGCGGGCAGUGUCAAUCCAUGGUGUGCAAGCUCAUGGCGUAGUUUUCGACACCCUGCAAGAAACUUGGAAAGGCUAUGAGAAGGAAGUUUUGAGCAAAAGGGAGAGGAAGAAGGCCGCCCACCAAACAGAGGAAGAGGGAUUUGAUACGGACUCGAAGAAGCACGGACCAAGACCAUUUCCUCCCAGGAUUUGCCUCCACUCAUAUUCGGGGCCACCUGAACCUCUCAAGCAAUAUUUCCAUCGCUCUAUCCCAGCUGAAGUGUUCUUUUCGUUCUCGUCCGUCAUCAAUAUGUCGUCAUCUGCAAGCGUAAAGGCUGCUGAAGUCAUCAAAGCACUGCCAGAGGAUCGAAUACUUGUUGAAAGUGAUCUCCAUGUCGCUGGAGAUGAGAUGGACAUAAAAUUGGAGGAGAUGACUCGAAAGAUUUGCGAAAUCAAAGGAUGGAGUCUCGAAGACGGGAUCACCAAAUUGGGAAGGAAUUGGCAACGGUUCGUGUUCUCAUAG